UGGCUGAAAGUGAGGAAUUGAAACCCUGAAGAAGAGGAAACAUCUGCUUGAAUUUGUAUAGAGGGAAAAGUUGCUGUUGAGAAUUCAACUGUAGGAGAUCCAAGCAGCCAAAAGCACUGCAGAUUUCCAGCACUGCCUGCCAGGUCCAGGAAAAACAUUAUAUUCUGCAAACAAGGAUAUUGAAGAAGUUCCGGAAACUGAGAAGGAAAUGACCCAAAGAACUGUCUCAAUAUCAGUCUUGCAACACCUCCCAUGAAUCGGAUACUAUGCAAUGAUAUUGUCGCGGCAGUACGACUGCUUCAGUCUCAAGCAUUUCAAUCAUCUCUGAGUCUCAGACCCCAAACCCUAACUUAAACGAGAUACCAGCCUUUUGCAAGGAGGAGCAUGUCAACAGAAGUAAUAAAGAAGCAGCAGAUGGCGUAAUACAUUUGGACCUUCAAAAAGCCUGUGACAAAGUCCCUCGCAAAAGACUCUUAAAGUAACUAAAGUGUCCAAGGUUUCAUUCCUGUCUAUUUCCAAGAAAAAAAGAUGGCUGCCACUCUAGGACUUAUUUCCCUGUUUAGUUGUGUCGUGUUAUUUCCUAUGUUGCAUGCUGUCAUUGUGUAUACAGAGUCGAAGUCAUCAUCCUCACCCAUUGCCAACUUGACGCUGAAUCCUGGAAAACUAAAGCUGACCUGGGACAGCAGUGUCACUGAAUACAGGUGUUCUAUGCGUGUAGGCCACAGUUACAUCAGGGGAAACGUGUUCAAUAAAACCUGCAUGUUUAGCAUAAACAGAGCUUUUCCUAUACAUAAGGGGGCAUUAUUCCAAGUUGAAGCAAUGUACAACCACACUUCAUAUUCAGCAGAAGCCAGAUUCAUUCCUCAAGGCAUGAAUGGAACAUCUGUUGAAAAUUUCUCAUGUGUGAUUUACAACAUUUCCUUCAUGAAUUGCACUUGGAAGGCUGGCAGGAAUGCUCCAGAAGAUACCCAAUAUUUUCUUUUCUUUCAAUACUCAAAGGAAGAAGAUGAACAAGAAUGUCCACAUUACAUAAGAGAUGCACUUGGAAGACCUAUCGCAUGCAGUUUUCAAAAUGUGACAGACAUUAAAAAGGAAGUUUACUUCCUGGUGAAUGGGUCGAGCAACGAAUCGGAGAUUCAGUUUUAUGAUGAGUACAUCACACUAUAUGAAAUAGAAAUACUCACUCCUCCAUUAAAUAUCACAGUAAACUGUUCUGAAGACCGAGCAGAGUGUAUAGUGCGAUGGAAACGGCCCCAGCCAAGCCACAUGAAAGGAAAUGUAGAUCACUGCUUUGAGUAUCAAAUUGACAUUCGAAAUAAGAAAACUAUUGCCAAUCCCAAGGAAAGCAGCAAUAGGUGUCCUAUGGUAACAGAAACAAGCUGCACAUUUCAGAAUUACAACGUGAAAAAAAAGUACACCUUGCAAAUCAGAGCAAAGGGAGAUAUAUGUCUCGUAAGCCAGAAUUGGGGGGAAUGGAGUGAGCCCAUUGAGUUUGGUAACCCAGAAGAUGCAGUUCUUACGACUACAAUUGUUUUACUCCUCAUAGCAUUUGGAACAAUCCCAGUGGCACUGGUCAUAUUUUUUCUGUGCAAAAGAUACUGCAGUUUGAAAAAAAUGUUUUCUCCAGUUCCGCAACCAAAAAACAAAUUUCAUGAACUUUUCCAAAUAUCUGAUAAAAAUAUACAGAGGGAAUGGAUGGAUCUACCACCCGCAAAAUAUGAAACGGAAGAAAUAACUACUGUUGAAGAAAUUAAAUAACUUCUAAAAGCAAAAUGAAGCACUUGGAUUCCCCAACUCAAACAACUACAAAUCCUCAUGGCAAUUUUGUAUGUUUGCACACUCGCUCCUUUUCUCUCCCCUACAAAUGUUGCCUAACACUUACAUUAUAAGUCCCUUUUUUCAGUUUCUUAUAACUUUGUCAAAUUUGAAUCAUUUGGACAGAAGCUUUUCCAUGCUGUGUGUCUGCUUGAGGGUGAAUAUUCUUGGAGUGUUUAAAAAAAAAAACAUUUCAGUCAUUUGUUAGAACAACUUUAGGGGGAAAAAAUGUUAUUUUGCCCGUAUUAAAAGACCUCUUACAACCUUUUCAUUGACAA